GCUCAUAGAUAACUUGGGUAACACUCAAUUUUAAUUCGAAGAGCACAAAAAAUGGGCAUAAGAGAAAUAGAAGUAGCUACUGGAAACAAGUUGCUCAUACACGAGUUGGAAGACGUCUGUGACUCGGUAACGGGACGUGCACUCACUGGGUCAUGGAUUUGGGACGCGGCUGUAGUGUUAUCCAAUUGGAUAUCAGCUCGAGCCCACCAACUCGACUACGAUUUGAGUGACAAAACUGUCCUCGAACUCGGUGCGGGAACGGGGCUUCCUGGAUUGACGGCAGCUCGGCUUGGCGCCAGCCGAGUCGUACUGACAGAUAUAAAGCCACUAAUUCCGUUAUUGGAGAAGAACGUGGAGGUCAAUGGACUUGGCGACCGAGUUCUGGCGUGUCAACUCGCUUGGGGAUCGGACGAGUUACCGAGUCAACUCAAUGAGGUAGGCCACGUCGACUUGGUGCUGCUGUCGGACGUGUUCUUCGAUGCUGCGGAAAUGGGUGGACUGGCCAAGACGCUGAAGAAAGUAUGUGGUAAGGAAACGACAGUGUGGGGAGCCACCGAGGUGAGGCCGUGGACGAGUGCAAGCUUAGGUGAGUUGGAGAGUGAAGGGUUUGGAAUCGUUGAGCUGUCGAGUCAACUCAGCGAUGGAUUGCAUGAAGAGGUGACAGGUGGCGAUCAGGAGGAGUUCUCUGUUUUCCAGCUGGUUCCAACCGGUCAAGAUUGCGAGCCUUUGGAAGCGUGGUCGCCAAUUGUCUAUUGAUCCAACCAAGCAAAAUAAAAAGGUUUAUCAUAAAGUUCCAAACAUAAAAGUGCAAGUUACAUCUUGACAAUUGCUGCUGCGAUGCUUGAAGACGAACAAAGUAAAAGACAUCAGACUUUUUGCUCAACUGGAGGGCAUUCAAAUAUUAAGACCAUUGUUUAUGAAAUGCUCAUUUAGGUCGAUAUCUCACCAAAAUAGAAUGAUAAGUAGAAUGAUUAACUCGUACGCUACUAAGUUAGUAUAAGACGAGAAAUAUUUGAAUUUUCAAUGUCUAAAUACACGUUUGUAAAGUAGUCUUUACUCAAGGUUGUACAGCUUGUUUUGAUAUCAAUAAUAAUAUUUCUAACGUUUUCGUUAAA